AUGAUUAGAAUUGGUUCAAAUUUAAUUAAACAAAGUAUUAAAAACACAAAUAAAAGUGGUAUUUCAAGAUUUUUUACAACAGGAUCAAAUAAUAGUACCAAUUAUAAACCAGAAUCAUGUGUUAAAGAAGAACCAAAAGGUAAGAGUGUUAAUGUCGAAGAUUUAAAAGACCAAGAGAUUAUUGCAUUAGUUGACAAGGGUGAAAUCCAACCACAUAAUUUGGAAACUAGACUUCCAAAUAACUUUCAAAGAGCAGUUCACAUUAGAAGAAAAUUAUUAGCAAGAGAUCUUCAAAAGGAACAUCAAAGAGCACUUCACGCACAAGCAGUUGUUGCAGCAGCAGAGAAAGCAGCAACCAGCGGUGAAGAUCCAUCAAGCAUUCAACCAGUUGUCCCACCAACAUCAAAUUUAGAUUUUGAAGGUUCAUUAACCAACUUACCAGUUGAUCAUUUCGAUUACACCAAAGUUUUAGGUGCCUGUUGUGAAAAUGUAAUUGGUUACAUUCCAAUUCCAGUUGGUGUUGCAGGUCCAAUCCUUUUAGAUGGUAAAUUAGUUUCAAUUCCAAUGGCAACCACUGAAGGUUGUUUAGUUGCAUCAACUCAUAGAGGUGCUAAAGCCAUCACUAAAUCUGGUGGUGCUAAAACUGUACUCUUACAAAGCGGUAUGACUCGUGCACCAGUUUGUCGUUUACCAUCAUCCAUUCGUGCUGGUGAACUUAAACAAUGGAUUGAAAAUCAAGAGAACUUUUAUCAAGUUGCCUCUGCAUUCAACUCUACAAGUAGAUUCGCUCGUUUAAAGAGUAUUAAAGUUGUGAUUGCAGGUAGACUCGUUUACCUUCGUUUCAAAUCUUCCACUGGUGAUGCUAUGGGUAUGAAUAUGGUUAGCAAAGGUGUUGAAAAAGCCCUCGAAGUCAUCACUGAAUACUUCCCAGAGAUGGAAGUUCUCUCAUUGAGUGGUAAUGUUUGUACUGAUAAGAAACCAUCAUCAAUCAAUUGGUUAGAAGGUCGUGGUAAGAGUGUAGUCGCCGAAGCUGUCAUCUCUGGUGAUAUCGUUAGAGAUGUACUUAAAACCACAGUCGAAGCUUUAGUAUCACUCAACAUUGAUAAGAAUUUAAUUGGUUCCGCUAUGGCUGGUUCCAUUGGUGGUUUCAAUGCUCACGCUUCAAACAUUGUCACUGCUCUCUACAUUGCCACUGGUCAAGAUCCAGCUCAAAAUGUUGAAUCUUCAAAUUGUAUUACCCUCAUGGAAAGUAUCAAUGGUGGUAAAGAUCUUUACAUCUCUGUCACUAUGCCAUCUAUUGAAGUUGGUACUGUUGGUGGUGGUACACAUUUACCAGCUCAAUCCGCUUGUCUCGAUCUCUUAAAGAUUCGUGGUGCCAAUCUCGAACGUCCAGGUGCAAACUCUGAACAAUUAGCUCGUGUCGUUGCCGCCGCUGUGCUCUCUGGUGAAUUAUCACUUAUGAGUGCUCUCGCCGCUGGCCAUUUAGUACGUUCUCACUUGAAACAUAAUCGUAAAACUGAAGCUCCUGCUCCACAAGCUGAUACAAUUUCGAUGACUCAUAAUUUACCACAUUCUGAUUAA